AUGAGUUCAUCUUCAAAAGUUAUCACUGAUACCCUUACUCGAUCACAGACUAGAGCAUCACCCGAUGAUCUGCCCUUCGAAUCAUCUAGCUUCGACGUCAUUUUCCGCACCACUCAUCCAGAGAAGGCCAAACUAGGGCCAUCUGGCAAACGAAAGACGUCUGGUCGUGUUAUGUAUGAAUGCCUUCAUUGUCCCCCAGAUAGUCCAUGGUCAAAUGGAAAGCGUGGCAAUGCUAUUUACCACGCGAAAAGGAAGCAUGCCUCUAUUCUUCAGACGGAGGCCAGUACCGUAGACGAGCACGACACAGAUAUAAUUACCCGGCCGUCAAAGCAGCCUCGGAUGGACAAUUUUUUUCAGAGUCGGCCAUCAGAUGCCACUUUACGCCGCGUCUUUAACCGACAGCAAUAUAUAGAAUCGAUUGUCGGUCUGCUCACACGCCGUCGUUUACCAUUCUCCGCGGUGAAAUGGGAUGAGAUGCAGGAUAUCAUAUUAGCAUGCAAUCCGGCUAUUGAGGAUCUUCUCCUCACGUCCCGCGACGCGGCGAUGCGUCAUAUUACCACUACUUUCGACUUAUACCGAUCCCAAUUGAAAGCAAAGCUUUAG